AUGCUCGCUCAUCGUUUUGGCUUCCGUGCGGCUCGGCAAGCUGCCGUCGUGCCCGCUCUAGGUGCCAGCAGGUCGUUUGGAGCCUCGGCCUGUAGGCGGGACGCUACCGGUGCGCCAAAGAAUGACGGCGAUGCUGCGCUGCUGGCGAGCAUCAAGGCUGGGCUCAAGGACGCCAUGCGAUCCAAGGACAGCGUCACAUCCACCGUCCUGCGGUCUGUGCUGUCCGACCACCAGUACACGACCCUCUCGACGUCGCCCACCUCGCUCUCGUCCAUCCUCCAAAAGGGAAUCUCGAAGCGCACCGAGGCAGCGACCCAAUUCCGAUCCGCCAGCCGCGCCGACCUGGCAGAGCAGGAGGAGCGCGAGGCCGAGAUCCUCGCCAAGUUCCUGCCCCAGCAGCUCUCGCUCGACGAGGUCGAGGCCGCCGUCCGCACCGCCCUCGACAAGCUCAAGCACGAGGGCAAAGUCGACCUUGCCAACGCCAAAAAGGCCCUGGGCUCCCUCAUCAAGGAGACAAACGCCAGCGUCGACAAGAGCCGCACCAGCGGAAAGGUCGUCAGCGAGGUCUGCUCAAAGGUCCUCGCCUCGUUGUAG